AUGUUGAAGCUUUUGUACCUCAUGCUUUUUAUAAGCACAGCAGCAUGUGAUUUGAAUGAAUUUAAAUUAAAAACUCAAACCACGGCAAUGACUAGAGCCGUUGUUGACUACAUCUCAAAUUUUUACUACAACACAUCAUCAACCGUCAACAUGUAUCAAAUCUCACAGCCUGCAAACUUAAAUAAUAUUUUUGAUAUGAUUAACGAGAUCCUGUUUCAUGUCAAUAAUGAAAUUGUUGUCCAAGUUGACAGUUUAAUGGAUCUGAAAUUGUCAUCAAGGAAGAGGAUUAAUAACAUAAUUUUCGUUGAUUCCUUUGAAUCCUUUAAAAUACUUUAUGACAGGAUGAAUUAUGUACAUUUUGAGUAUCAAGGCUAUUAUUUGAUUGUUUUAACAGAGCAUGUAGGUGAUAUCUACUUGACAAUGUUGAGAAUAUUUAAAGCUUUGUGGGCUAAAAAGAUUAUCAAUGCUAAUAUCUUGUUUAUGCUCCCAGAAAGCAUUAAUGAUGCUAGUCUGUUCACUUACUACCCGUACUCAAAAUAUUAUUGUGAAGCUGAUGUUCCCAUUCAAUUGAAUCAUUAUCGUGGAUAUAAAUGGAUAAGACAGAUUGAUUACUUUCCUAAAAAAUUAACAAACUUUUAUGGAUGUCAUUUACACGUUGCUGCAUUCAGUAAUCCACCGUUCAUGAUAAUCAAUGAGGAUAAAAAUGGAGUUGUUUCCGUUGAUGGUGUUGAGGGCAUUCUCCUGCGUGUCUUAGCACAGCGAUUUCAUUUUAAUGUUGACUUAUACACACCAAAGGAACUGUCAGGUGCAAUUCUUAAGAACGGAUCCACUACAGGUGCUAUUAAAAUGAUUGUAGAUUCAAAAGUUAAUAUGACUCUUGGAUUUUUUGCAUCAAUGCCUAUGCGUGAUGCAAUCAUGCAACCAAGUUCUGUUUAUUAUACCACAAAUCUUGUUUGGAUGGUUCCUCCCGGAAAGCCACAGAGAGCUUUAGAAAAGCUGGCAAAUCCAUUGAAGUUUAUAAUCUGGAUUUUGUCAUCACUGACAAUUUUUAUUGGAUUUGUAGUCAUUGCUGCAAUUAAAUUUCAGCCCAAAGUCAUCCAGAAGUUUGUGUUUGGUAAUAAGACACAAAGUCCAGGCAUGAAUUUCGUCAAUGUAGUAUUGGGAAACUCACUUCAUCAAGUUCCAAUGAGAAAUUUCUCAAGAUUCUUAUUGCUCCUUGCCACAAUUUAUUUCUUCAUCAUCAGAACCUGCUAUAGUAGUGGACUUGUGAAGUUUAUGCAAAUGGAUACGAGAGACCAGCACAUGAUGACAACUCCCCAAAUGGUUGAAGAAAAUUAUACAUUUUACAUGAAGGAGACUGCAAAGGUUUACGUUUUGGAUAUGCCCGAUGUAUUGGAAAGAACGAAAUUGAUGUCAUUUCCAGAAUUUAACUCCAAAUUGAUGGAUAUGAUCGAUGAUCCUUACUAUAAUGGAGCAUUUCUUACAACGACUGGUCACUUAGCUUAUCGCAACUUGAAAUUGUAUCCAAAGAGAUUCCACGAGUAUGCACCAAAGCCUUUAUUUAUUCUUAACAUUGUUAUUUAUAUGAACUUGGGGUCAUGCUUAACAGAUUACUUUAAUGAAAUGCUGUUUAAGUUAAUAAGUAGUGGAUUAAUCAACAAGUGGGCGUCAGAAUUCAUUGACGAAAAGUAUCUGAAAGAACCAGUUGAUGACGAAUUGAAAAUUUUAAGUUUAGAACAGUUGGAAGGAGCUUUUGAAUUGCUUGUUGGUGGCUUAUUAAUUGCAUUUAUUGUAUUUUGUGGUGAAAAUUUAAUUGGACGAGAUAUCCUGAAGAAAUUUCGAAAACCUAAAAGACGUGAAUUUUUAAAACAUUCGAAAAAGCUCAAUCCUCUCAAAAGAAAAAGAACAGACUAG